AUGCAUCCCCAGUUGGACAAGAACAGAUUUGACACAUGCGAGAAGUUGAUGGACGCCCUCGAGGAGUGCCACAGGAAGGAGUUCUUGAAGCAAGCAAUGGGCUUGUGCAACUUUGAGAAGAACGAGUUGACGAAAUGCUUACAUCUUACCCGAGUGGAAGACGCAAAGGAGCGUAUUCGUAUUAGCAGAGAGAAGCAGAAGGCCGUGGAGGAAAAACGCAAGCGUGCGGAAGAGGAGACUUAUGGCAAGAAUGGCUAUUUGCGCAAGGUCAUUGAGAUGGAGGCUAAGAAGCAAAAUUAA